AGUGAACCCCAAACAAAUAGUGUGUAAGUAGGCUAAGUAUGUACGUACCCCACAUCCUAUAAGGCUUGCACUGAUGAUUAAUAGUAAAUAGGCUAGUGUUUUGCAUUCUACCAAUCACCUGUUCCAGAUGCAAUCUUAUUCCAACUUUAAGCUCAAGCUCUUAGCCUGGCCCAUAUCGUAACUAGUUCCAACCACAGUUCAGGAACAAUAACUAAGAAUAUAGGCCUAUGGCAUUUUAGGUUAAGGACUGUCUCCACCACUCUGAAAUGCGACACAAGCGAAUCCUGCCAUAAUACUAGUAAUAGCGCGUUUCCGCAUUGGAUCAGCUGAUUCGGAGGAAGUAUGCGGAAGAAGUAAAUUCGAAACCUCAAGUAACCAAACAAAAUAGUGACCUUUUUGGAAAGCUACUGACAGUAACGUUUUUAAAAUUUAUUUUAAAGCAUAAGAGUACCUGUACCAGUUCCAAUCCUGUAGUUAUUUCACAGAGGUAGCCUAGUAACUGAACUGUCAUCAUCAUGGCAUGCAGCGACUCUAUGGUCACAAUGAAUGGAACCCAAGUUUCCUAUAUUGGACAUGACUGUGAGGACAUCCCAGAGUUCCUUGGAAAAAAAUAUGGAUGCUUGGCAAGACGGCUAGAUCUCAGCUUCAAUCAGCUAAGGUCACUGGCUGGCCUGAAAGCGUUCACUGGGCUGGAAGAACUGGUCGUCGACAACAAUCUGCUCGGAAACGACCUCCAGUUGCCCAGGUUACCCACCCUCCACACCCUGACACUCAAUAAGAACCAACUGACUGACAUCGAGGCACUGCUGGAACACUUGGCGGAGGCAACUCCGUCGCUGCAGUACCUCAGCCUGCUGGGAAACGAGGCCUGUCCCAACCAGCUGGUCAGCCUGGACAAGGAUGAGGAUGACUACCAGAGAUACAGGUACUUUGUUCUGCACAAGCUACCCACCCUAAAGUUCCUAGACACUAGGAAGGUUUGUAAGACAGAACAGCAGGAGGCUGAGGCACGGGGAGCCUUCAUGAAGGUGGUUAAACCCAAGUCAUCAGACAUGGUGGCCCCAGGUGACCCUAAGUCUGAGAGUUCCUCCACGCUCUACACCCCUCUACCCAGAGGCUCUAGAGACGGCAAGAACCACAAAGGUGUGCUCGCCAAGUGCCGUUACAUCUACUAUGGAAAGCAUUCAGAAGGCAACCGGUUCAUCCGCAAUGACCAACUCUAAUGGACCGACGGAGACACACACACACACACACACACACACACACACACACACACACACACACACACACACACACACACACACACACACACACACACACACACACACACACACACACACA